CUACUACUCAAUACGGGGAUCCAGUCCAGCAGUCUUUUGAGCGACUGAGAUUUUUUUCUGCGAAUCGGGAUUUUUAAGGACAAGGCGAGAUUCAAAAAGAAGAAUGGAAGCAUAUACUUGGCAAGGGCCAUUGGGAUGAAAUGAGUGGGCGAUCACAGCAAAAAAAGGAAAAGACCAAGAGAGCGCGAGAACGUACGACCUAUCGAGAGGUCUGUCAGGGAGAGGCGGUUCAGCAUUUCACUCGGAGCUGGAGCGACAUUCACAAGUACCUAGCAAGAUCUGCGCUGAGCAGAUGUGAGCGAAAACAUCGUCUUUGUUUUUGUGUGGAUUAUUAUUCAAUUUCUCAUCCGACAAAAACUAGCAAACUAGAAGAAUUCUGCUUGCUAUAAAACACCUUAUUUUAAAACAGAGGUCGCUGACCGGCAGCCCCUCCUCCAACCCCUGCCCCCCUUCACUGCCCAAAAUGCACGGCAUCGCUGUCCCAGCCACGGCCACUUUCUGUGCCUAGAGGAAGUCGCUCGCCAGUGCCCGUCCCCCCGGCUGCCAUGUCGUCUCACGGGCAGCAGCUGCCCCAGGGCCGCAGCCGAGGCAUCGACCCGCGUCACCUGCCCAGCCCCGCCACCCUGCCUCUGCAGAUGCAACGCUCACACACGGAUGUGGGGCUGGUGGACUACCAUCACUCACGGGACUACCCAGCACACCUGGCCCUGUCCCAGCACCGCCGCCGACCCUCCCUGCUGUCAGAGUUCCAGCCUGGUAACGAAAGGGGCCAAGAGGUGCACAUUCGCUAUGACCACAUUUACAUGCCCGAGCCCAACAGCCAAUCGGAGAUGGAGUUCUCUGAGAUCAAACGGCCUCGUCUGGAGAUGGGGGCUGAGGCUCUGAUCCGCCACCCUUCCCAUCGCCAACCACUGCCCAUGGGUGGGGCCGAGGAUGUGUCCAAGGAGCGGAGUAGCUCCAUGGGGAAGCUGGAGCCCAUCUCCCCGGUGAGCCCGGCCCAGAUGGAGCCGGACCUGGACCUGGUGCCGGCGCGCUACUCCAAGGAGGAGCUCAUCCAGAACAUGGACCGCGUGGACCGGGAGAUCACCAUGGUGGAGCAGCAGAUCUGCAAGCUGCGCAAGAAACAGCAACAGCUGGAGGAGGAGGCGGCUAAGCCUCAGGAGCCCGAGCGCUCCAUUUCACCCCCGCCCAGCGAAGCCAAGCACCGCAGCCUGGUCCAGAUCAUCUACGACGAGAACAGGAAAAAAGCUGAGGAAGCACACAGGGUUUUGGAGGGACUUGGACCCAGAGUGGAACUGCCUCUCUACAACCAGCCCUCUGAUACCAAGCAGUACCAUGAGAACAUCAAAAUAAAUCAGGCGAUGAGGAAGAAGCUCAUUCUGUAUUUCAAGAGAAGAAAUCAUGCUCGCAAGCAGUGGGAGCAGAAGUUCUGCCAGCGUUAUGACCAGCUGAUGGAGGCUUGGGAGAAGAAGGUGGAGCGCAUUGAGAAUAACCCGCGGCGGCGCGCCAAGGAGAGCAAGGUCCGCGAGUACUACGAGAAACAGUUCCCCGAGAUCCGCAAGCAGAGGGAGAUGCAGGAACGCAUGCAAAGUCGUGUUGGGCAGCGCGGGGGAGGACUGGCCUCAGCGGCACGAAGUGAACACGAGGUCUCUGAGAUCAUCGACGGUAUCUCUGAGCAGGAGAACUCGGAGAAGCAGAUGCGUCAGCUGGCGGUCAUUCCACCCAUGCUGUUCGAUGCGGAGCAGCAGCGCAUCAAGUUCAUCAACAUGAACGGCCUAAUGGACGACCCCAUGAAGGUCUACAAAGACCGGCAGGUCAGAUUAUGUGGGCGGAACAGGAGAACACGUUGUGGAAGUGGAAUUGAACAGGAGAAGGACACGUUCAUCGCGAGAAGUGAGUUCAUUCAGCAUCCAAAAAACUUUGGUCUGAUUGCCUCUUUUCUGGAGAGAAAGACUGUGGCAGAGUGUGUGCUCUUCUACUACCUGACCAAGAAGAACGAGAACUAUAAAAACAUUGUCCGCAGGAACUACCGCCGGCGUGGUCGAAGCCAGGUGUGUGUCUCACACACUCAGCAACAGCAGCAGCAAGUGAACCGGAAUAACCAGGAAGAGAAAGAGGAGAAGGAGAAGGAAAAGGAUGGGGAACGAGAGGAGGAGAAGAACGAGGGAGAGGACAAGGAGGACGGCAUGAAGGAUCUACCGCCUGGCUAAGAGCUGGGGAGGAUAAGGACCCCGAUGGCCCGUGAAGGGCCGGCCUGCGGUAACAGUCGCGGCCACAUGUAGGGGCAGCAUCACCGCUCCAUGGCCAACGAGCAAGAGGAGACCAGCACUCCUCCACUCAGCAGUGACCUAGCCAAUCUGGAGAUGAAUGAAAGCUCACGCUGGACUGAAGAGGAAAUGGACACUGCCAAAAAAGGUCUGCUGCAGUAUGGACGCAACUGGUCGGCCAUUGCCAAGAUGGUUGGCUCCAAGACGGUGUCGCAAUGUAAGAACUUCUACUUCAACUACAAGAAGAGGCAGAAACUGGACGAGAUUCUGCAGCAGCAUAAAAUGAGAUCGGUCAGUUAUCUCUCUCUCUCUCUCUCUCUCUCUCUCUGCCUCCCUCCCUCUAUCUCUCUAUGUCUCUGUGUGUUCGUGCCCUCAGGCGGAGCCAACAACAGCUCGGACACGGAGUCUCUACCGUCGCCGCGCUCCUCCGAAGACAGCAAGCAGCCUAAGGAGGAGGCCGCCUCGUGUUCUGCCUCCUCCUCCACCACCUCCUCGUCCUCCUCCCGCGCCAAAGCGGCCGGCGGCAAGGACGACAAGGACGCCGUCGCCAUGGACACGGGCUGCGGUGGUGGUGGCGAGGACGGGAAGCCCCCGCCGGUGUCCCACGGCGACGUGAAGCAGGAAGUCAAGACGGAGGGCGAUGGCGCCGGGCCAACCGGAGGGUCGUCGUCCUCCUCCUCCUCCUCCUCGGCGGUGGGGUCGGCGGGCGAGGGGUCCGGCGGAGACAGCAAGCCACCGCAGCUGGAGCCGCAGCCGCCGGAGCUGAAGGGCCACGGCAAGGCCAAGCGCGAGCGAGAGCCCAAGGCCAGCGGCCAUGGCGACAGUGACUCCAGCGCCACCUGCAGCGCAGACGAGGUGGAGGAGACGGAAAGCAGCGACAAGAACAGAAUGACUUCUCCAAGACCCAGUCUGCUGAAUUAUGGCGUGAUCUCCUCUCCACUUCAGAAGCCCAUGGACCUCAAGCAGCUCAAACAGCGAGCAGCUGCCAUUCCCAACAUCAUGACUGAUAUGUCCAUGGCCGGUAUUGGUCGUGGGGCCUCGAUGCUCAAGCAGGCGACCGUGCCUCCUCACGCGCUGGCCCUCUACCAGCAGCAGAUCACCAUGGCGCAUGAGUCCUCCCAGGAGGCUAACCAGCACGCCGCAGCUGUUGCCGCAGCCGCCGCAGCCGCAGCAGCCUCCGGACAACCAAUGAAACAGCCCCACUUCCAGUCGAUGGGCGGAGACCGCAGCUGCAGUCCGCGCCUCCGAGGUCGCAGCCCCACCCCGUCUGAGCGGGACAAGGAUGAAAUGGAGGGGAACGAGAGAUGGCUGCAGACUCUACUUCAUGGAUUACAUAAGUCGCGGGCAUUCUCACCCCAUGCGGAAGGGAAGCGUGCGCCAGGCCCCGAGGAACUGAGGGGGGCGGCUGCAGCUCUGGGUCGGCCACUGAUGUCGCCCUACCAGCUGUCCCCCCGAGAUAUGGCCAAACUCAGCCACGAGCAGCAGCAGCAGCUCCUGCACUUCAAUCCCUCGUUGCCAGGGCUACAGGACGGUGGGCGUAUGGCGGUCCGACCUCUACACAUUCCAGAACCCCCUCCUCUCAUCUCCUCCAACAAGUCAGGUGGCUCCAUCACUCAGGGGACCCCAGUGCAGCUGCACAGCCCAGCCCAUGGCUCUGAGCACGGGAAGAUCCCACCCACGUCCCACGGCCUGUCUUGGAUGGAGCCCAGGAAACUAGGUGGGCCUGGCUUCCCUGUGGUGAAGCAGGAGCAGCUGUCUCCCCGUGGUCCCUCCUCUCAAGCUGAGAACCUCUCUCAGAGUGGGGCUCAAGACAGGGGCUCCAUGGCUCCCAUCCAGGGGGGCAGCAUCACCAAGGGCAUCCCUGGCACCAGGGUCCAUCAGGAGCCACCGCUCUCCUACCGUGGAGGCUCCAUCACCCAGGGCACUCCAGCUGACGUGCUGUACAAGGGCACCAUCACGCGCCUCAUCACGGAGGACAGCCCUAACCGGGGGGAGCGCAGUCGCGACGAGCCACCGCCUAAAGGCCACGUGCUCUACGAGGGUGUCAGCGGCCACAUCCUCACUUACGACCGUAAGAGCACCCAGAACCCUAAAGAGGAGCCGAUGGGCCUGAAGCGGCCCUAUGACCUCAUAGAGGGCGGCAUCUCCCGAGGACUGCCCAUGCGGGACUCCCUGUCGGCUGCUGAGGGUCUGAUAGUGAGGGCGAUGCCCCAGGAGCGAGACAGCCCUCACCAUAACAGAGGCUCUAUCUCUCAGGGUAUUCCGCGUCACAUGGAGCAGGAUGAGUACCGGCAGGCCAAGCUGAAGCGGGAGAACUCUCCGCCUCCCCGUGGCUCCGGCAUGCCCCAGGACGUGCUGAAGGGCCGCGGACACGACGGGCUGGUACCCACGGUCAAGGAGGGCGGCCGCUCCAUCCACCUCAUCCCCCGCGAGGAGCUUCGGAGCGGCUCUGGUGGCAAGGAGGGCUCCAUCACACAGGGCACCCCUCUGAAGCAGGAGCCCAUGACUCCUGCUAAGCGGCACGACGUGCGCUCCAUCAUCGGUGGCGGCGGCAGCAACGCCCCGCGGGGCUCCUACCCUGGCAUGCCCCCCCACCUGGACCUGCGGGCCGCAGCGGCGGCAGCUGGCGGGGGUGGCGGGGAGCGUGGUCGCUAUGAGGAGCCCCCCAAGGGCCGUCCCAGUGCGGUGGUGAGCACCGCCAGCUCAAUGGCCCGAGCCUCGCCCAUCGAUCAGGGCUCCAAGGCCCACCACAGCCCACUGGGCUACCAGCAGUCCUCCCACCGCGGAUCCCCGCAUGCCCCCAGGGACUCUGGUCAGCGCCAACACGAAGGCUCCAGCAGUAAGCCCCAGUCCCAGGAGCGGAAGGCCACCCCCACCCCGCGCGAGAUGAGCUCCUCCACCAAGUCGCCCCUGCAGGGCGUGGCCGAGCACCAGGCUGCCUCUCUGGCAUCAUACGAGCGCCUGCUGCAGGGCCUGGGCCAGGACGUCUAUCGCGGGCAGAUCCCUCUGACCUUCGACCCUUCCAGCCUGCCACGUGGCAUCCCCCUCGAUCCCGCUGCUGCUGCCUACUACCUGCCCCGUCACCUGACCCCGGGACCAGGCUACCCGCACCCCUACCCGCCCUUCCUGAUCCGGGGCUACCCAGAGACGGCGGCCCUGGAGAACCGGCACACGCUCUUCACCGACUACAUCACCUCGCAGCAGAUGCACCAGUGGCCAGCCGCCGCCGCCACUAUGGCCGCCCAGAGGCCAGACCUGCUGCGCACGCUCUCCCCCCGGGACCAGCCCCUCCAAAUGCCCUACUCUCCUGCACCACGAGGUGUGAUGGAUCUUUCUCAGGUGCCCCACUUACCUGUCCUGGUCCCUCCCUCCGCAGGGGCGUCUGCCUCCCCCAUGGACCGGAUCACCUACAUCCCCCAAACACCCGGCAAUUUUCCCAGCAGGCCCUACACCACUUCACCCAUCUCACCUGUGGGCCAGUCACACAUGGGCAAGAUGCCAGGAACACCACCAGGAGAUGACGAGGCUGACGGGGACAGGGAGAGGGAUCGGGACCGGGAGAAGUCCAUGGGACACGGAAAUGUGGAACACGCACCUAUAUGGAGGCCAGGCCAUGAGCAGAGUCCCAUCAGCAGCAGCAGCAGCAGACCUCCGUCCCACCCCUACAGCCACCAGCACUCCCCCGUGUCUCCCCGCACACAGGACGGAGGGCAGCAGCGGCCCAGCGUCCUGCACAAGAGCCUGCCUGGGUCCGAGCACUCCAGCCCCUCUGUAGUAAGGGCUCCUCGUUACUCUGGCUACGGCAGCCACCUCCAGCGCUCAGGGCUCCCUGGCGAGGGCUACCCAGCUGGCAUGGACCCCAGCGGGGGCAAAGACCUGAGCCGCGACGGGGUUAGCAAAAGCCACCGAGGCGGUGGCGUCCUGCCCAGAAAUCCCCAGGACUCUUCGUCCUCUUCCUCGGGCAAAUCUGACCCCAAGCUGGCCAGUCCAGGCCCAGGGGGAGGCUAUCCCUCGCCCUACGCCCCAGCCGCUAUCAUGGGCCACCCGCAGAGCCGCGGGCACCUCCUCCUGGAGGGCGGAGGAUCGGCCGGGGGCCGCGGUGGUGACGGCGCCAACGCACCAAGUAGGGAAAAGACUCAAAGCAAAGCGAUGUCCGUGCAGGAGGAAGAGCUCCGGGCACUCGGUAAGACCACCAUGACAGCGGCCAACUUCAUAAACGCGAUUAUCAUGCGUCAAAUUUCUUGUGACACGGGGAUGCCAGAGGCGGGGCCGCUCGCGGCCAACGGCACCUGUGAGGCAGCCCAACAGAAGGCGGCAGCCGCUGCUAUGGAGCAGCACGGCCUCUACCGGCCUCCCUCCGAGGAGCGUCUCUCCCCUGGCCAGCAGCCCCAGUCCCCCCACGUCAAAGGCAGCCAGCGGGUGGUCACCCUGGCCCAGCACAUCAGCGAGGUCAUUACUAAGGAUUACACUCGACAGCAGAGUCAGAUGGGCAGCCAGCCGUCCCUGUUUGGGUACCACAGCUCCCCAGGCCUGGACCUCACCCGGCCCCCUAGCGCCCCCCAGAGCCAGGGCAGCAUGCAAGAUGGCCCAGGGGAGAGGCUGAGAGACCGAUCUCCUCCUCAGAGCAAGCAGUCUCCAGUGAGCCUGUCAGCCGAUGGCAUUGAGCCCGUGUCACCACCAGGGGGCGUCUCUGAGGCCGAGUCCCAGGGGACCUCCUACCCAGAUGACCAGGGGGAGCAAGUGAUGGGCUCUCGUUCUCCAGCCAGUGGUUCUCAGCCCCCAGCCUUUUUCAGCAAGCUGACGGAGAGCAACUCCACCAUCGUCAAGGUGAAGAAGCAGGAGAUGAUCAAGAAGAUUGGCAACGAGAGCGACUUCAAUCCUGCUCAGCCCGGCACAGAGAUCUUCAACAUGCCGGCCUCCACCACCACUGCUGGUCCUGUGAAUGUGCGCAGUCACCCUGCUCCAGAGACAGGAGGGAACACCAUUGGUCUGGAAGCCAUCAUCCGCAAGGCCCUGAUGGGCAAAUAUGACGAGCAGGGGGAAGAUCGGCAGCCCACCUCCAUGGGCUCUGCCCCCACGACCACGUCCGGCGCUGAGGGUCACCAGGAGGACUCCUACUCAGGAGCCGGCAAGCUCAAGUCCAGCGGUGGUAGCCGCUCUAACGGGCGCAAGGCCAAGUCUCCGGGGCCAGGUCUGUCCGGCGGAGAGAGGCCAUCCUCCGUGUCCUCCGUCCACUCAGAGGGAGACUGCAACCGCCGAACGCCCCUCACCAACCGCGUGUGGGAGGACCGGCCGUCCUCUACAGGUCCCACUCCUUUUCCCUACAACCCCCUCACCAUGACUAUGCGUUUGCCCAUGGGUCCGGGCCCCGCCCCUUCCCCCACCCAGACCAAUCAGAGCGGCCAAGGGGCCGGCCAAGGCCGCGCCUGGGAGGAGGAACCCAAGCCCUUGCUGUGCUCUCAAUACGAGACGCUGUCCGACAGCGAGUGAGGGACCCACACACACACACACACACACACACACACACACACACACACACGUACACGUCUCCAUUGAUAACAAGAACAAUAUUCUAGACUCUUGAGAAAUCCAUUGCAUCGGUCCUCAUUUUAGACGCACACACACACACACACACACACACACGUACGGACUCUGCUGCUGCCGCCGCCGCUGCAUUACUCUCACUGACCAAAACACUCAGAUCAAGCUCAGACUCCUAACGCACAGGAAGAACCGGGCCCAAGAUGGAACCACACACACUCAGACAAGCACACACACACACACACACACACACACACACACACACACACACGGAAACAUACAGUUGGCCCACCCGACCCCUAUCUCCAUUAUAUAUACCUCACACUCCCUGCUGUGGCCCCCACUGAUGCAAAAGCAGUGAGUGGUUACGUGUGUGUACUUGUGUUUUAUGUUUAUUUUUUGUUCCACUGCUGCGUAGGUGUGAGUGUGUCUGUCUGUGUAUGUGUGUGUGUGUGUGUGUGUGUGUGAAUAUGUAUAAAGAUGUCUGUUUAGUGGGUUUUCUUUUCUUUUCUGCACAACCACAUUAACCGUGUGCAUUCUACCGAGGACUAGUCUUUACAAGAAUCACUUUUUCAGAACUCCUUUAGAAAUGUUCGUCUCUUUCGUGUUUGUCUGGUUUAUUUCUCUGGCCUUAUUCAUGCAGACACUCAGAACCACACACACACACACACACACACAGCGUCUCCAGGCAUUGCCUUGCCCAGCACAGGGCUCUGUGCUCUCUUGGCUCUCCAAAUUCAAAGCCAACAUACAUACAUACAUACAUACAUACAUAAAUACAUACAUACAUAAAUACAUACAUACAUACAUACAUACAUACAUACAUAAACAUACAAACAUACAUACAGACAUACAUACAUACAGAUAGAGGCACCUUGUAACUCCUCACAUUUGACUGAAGGACUCAAGGCUCAGUAUUGGAAUCAAGAGACUCACUAACUAGCUUAACAGACUCACCUCUCACAACAAAGUGCAGCCCUCAUACAGUCCUGAUUAAAGAUGGCUGAUAGGAACCCCAUCCACAAUUAUUCAUUCUCCAGUUCCAAAAUGGCCAAAAGGACCCGCUCAGUUUCCAGAGUCAUUCGCUCCCAAUGCCCCCCCAGUGUCCCCAGCUUCUCAUAGCCUCAUACACUAGUGAACUGGAAACCGUGUGCAAGGCUCUGACAAGGUGAACUCCCCGGAGAGCUCUGCAGCCGUCAGAAUGCAUCCAAAACCAGAGACUCGUCUGAGCAUUUUCACUCAGUUUCUGUUUCUUUUCCCCCCUUUUUUUGUGGACAGUCCUGUGUUAAGUGAGCUGCAGUUAAUUUUCUUUUUGACGGUGAUUUUUUUUAUUCUGUUAUUACUUUCUGCUCAUUACUUUUUGGGAUUGUGUCAAAUAAUAUAUAUGAUGUCUGUUCAUGCAUUUUGUUUUUGCAAUGAUGUGUUCAAGUGGGAGGGUCAUAUAAUUUUGGUUUACAGGGUACACAUAUGUCCACGUCACAUGUCCGUGUCACAUGUUCAAAUGUUUUUGUUUUUCUCUCCUGUCUUUCCAUUGUCAUUUUUUUUUUUCUUCUAAUUUUGUUUUUUUUCCCGUCCCCAUUGCAAGUGCACCUUGCCGACCCCAGACAUGGAUUCCCUGUCCCCACACAAGACGUGUUUGGCGUCACAAUACCUGAUUUGGCUGACUCACUUUCACGGGGGAUGUAUCUUGUUUUAUGACUGUUGAUUUUCUCUCUCUGUCUCCCUCAUGCUUAUUUUGAUGACAUUUAUUUAUUUUUUUUUUUGUAUUGUAUCUGCGUCGAGCACUUAGCUUCUGGCCUCGCUCUCUAGGUCCACUCUGUCCAGAGAGGGACCUCACACAGCCAUGACACUUUACUGUGGAGGAAGAGCAAAAAAAGAGUUUCUGUUUGAAUAUAUCAAACCCCACCCCAAAACGCCACCCUGCCUGCUGAUUGACCCACAUGGACGCGUUGUUAUUGUUGUUGUUGUUGAUGCCGUAGAUUGUUUAGAUGUUCCCGUGGAUAAACGACAAUCACAGUGAUGGGGAAGGGAUGAGGUGAGUAGAGCUUGAAGCUCUCUCGCAAGUUCUCCCUGCCCUCACCCGGAGGGGGGGGGGGAGAAGUAUGCACGUCGGUUGACUGAUAUUCGAACGUGCGACCUCACGGAACAAAAACACGACAACAGAGAUGUGACGAGUGCUGCCUGAAGGCUUGAGCAACCUCUGAACUUUGAACUCCCCACCCUCCAGUAAAACAGGAAAUCUGGCCUCCCUGUGUGACAUGUCCACCCGACCCCGUCCCAAACCCCACCCUAUGCCCUGUACAGCCCUACUCCUCCAUGUCAAGUGGCAUUUCCAGUACAGUAGUUACACAUACGCACGAUUUAAGGCUUGAACUACGUGGAGACUACUUGUCAUGUCCUCUGUGUUAAGUGUAUGCCUACCGUACCCUCAUGGUACCUUUUGUUUCUGGUUGUCCUCUGCUCUGCGCUCAGUUUCCUCAGUUUGAGACGGCAAGGAUCUUAGUUAAAGCCUUGCAGCGAAAAACAAUGGAAAUUGACUGAAUACAUAAAAGGUGCUGAUCUCCCUUUUUUUAGCUGUUUAUAUCCUCUCUGUUGGCAGUAAUGGCAGUAAUUUUAGUACUUUAAGAUCAACGUGGCAUGACAUUUUUUAAGAUCAGCAAUAGACACAUUCACUAGCCUGUGUCUCAUGAUGGUGAUUUAAUCUAUUCUGAAAGUAGACUCAUCGUAUUUCCUUCAGCCUGGGUUUUCCACCAUUGUCCUCUUGGGAGAACAAGAAGACCUCAGGGAAGGUUCAACUUUGCGUACCCAUUUUAUAGUCCCUGAAUGGGGGGACACAUUUUUAAACCAUUUUCAAAAAUGUUUUUGCACUCAGAUUUUUUCUAUUCGUUCUGUCUGGUGGUAAUAAUCGAUUGUUAAUGAACGUGAUCAAAAUGUACUUUUUGAGAAAACAUUUAAAGUGCUGUAGCUCUUCAAUUUAAAUCAGAGUGCUUGGCAAUUUCACCCUAAAUUCAAAAGGAAGUUAUAGAGUGAGCUUGACAGCACCUUUUAUAUACAGCACACACAUGCACACACUCCUCCAUACUGGCAGUCACAGCUGCGUCGCUCCCACACCUGUACAGGCCAGUGGAUUUCCCAAAACACUUUAUUUGCUCACCAUUCACCUAAAAGGUGUGUGGGGGGAGCACAAAGCCACACUCAUAGUUCCACAUAUCGAGACGUUUUCGUCCUUCCUCUGGUACCCAUGACUAUUUCAUUGCUCUGGUCGAAUGUGGCCUCUGUUUUUGGAUGAUUGACAGAUGCUAAUCGCCAUCAAGGGCUGCUGAUCCAGGUGAAUGGCUAAAGGCCUGCACCUCGGGCUUCUGUCACACCAAGGGUAGGUUUAGGGGCAGGGGAGGGGGACAUGAGGUGGCCACGGUUCAGAGCAUCUAUUUUCUACUACCACGUUUGCGCAUGUGUGUUUCAUUCAUCCGUUUUUGCAUAUUUUCAUUUUUUUGCUUUAUUGUUUUCAUUUUUUUUAUGACAACCCAGUGUAAAAUAGACAGGAUUUGUACAUAGACAUUAAGAGAUGUACAUAUUUAUGUGGCUUGCUGCAAGGUUGGUAUUCACAGACAAAAAAAAGAAAGAAAAAAAAAAUACUGUUCUCACUGUUUUUUUCCCUCCAGUUUAAACAUGGCCCACCAGCAAGCUUUUGUGGAUAGCAGUGUAAAAAAAACUCUUAAAACAAAUUAAAAGUGAAAAAAUAAGUAAGACACUGCCUUAAUGUUGAAAUAAAAAGCUUAUUGCCAUUCA